GCCUAACUUAAUUUUUUUUUUUUAUUCCAGAAGUAACCCCUUGCAAAAAGCCACCAUGCAGAACGACUCUGGAGAAUACGUGGAUUUGUACGUGCCACGCAAGUGCUCUGCAUCCAACAGAAUCAUCCAUGCCAAAGAUCAUGCCUCCAUCCAGAUUAACUUGGCAGAGGUUGAUGAAAGCACUGGAAGAAUGACAGGCCAGUACAAGACCUAUGCUAUUUGUGGAGAAAUUAGGAAGAUGGGUGAGUCUGAUGACUGUUUGGCGCGAUUGGCCAAGAAGGACGGUGUUCUUCCUAAGAACUAUUGAAUAAACUGAUGUGGCUAA